AAACAUAUCCAUUUACCUGAAGGAGAACAGAAGAGGAGAUUUGGACUAUCUGAGCUGUGGAUUUACUGAAAUACUACGAUCAAACCAGCACUGGCUUCACAAACCGAAGGAUAACUUUAUAAGAACUGUGAGUAAAAGUGACAGUGAAAGCAACUUUCAGAAAGCUUUAGUUUAUAGAACUGAAUUUUUGACACAGAAUGGCUACUCAGUCAGAAAUGGCCUGUUCCUGUCCAAUUUGUUUGGAGAUCUUCAAAGAUCCUGUGGUGUUGUCAUGUAGCCACAGCUUCUGCAAGAACUGUUUGCGCAACUGGUGGGCAGAGAAACCACUUCAUGUGUGUCCAGUUUGUAAAAGAAGAUCUUCCAGAGAUGAUCCACCCCGUAACCUAGUGCUGAAGAAUGUAUGUGAAGCUUUAAUGCAUGAGUUGACACUAAAGGAGAAGCCUCCUGCACAGACUGAGACCCUCUGCAGUCAGCACUUGGAGAAACUCAGGCUCUUCUGUCUGGAUCAUCAGCAGCCGGUGUGUCUGGUUUGUCGAGAUUCCAGAACACACAAUAAACACACGUUCAAACCCAUCAACGAAGCUGCACAGGAUUACAGAGACUUUGUCAAGAAAUCCCUCGAACCUUUAAAGGAGAAACUGCAGCGCUUUAAUCAAGUUAAAGUUGAAUGGGAUCAGACGGCUGAGUACAUUUCUGUCCAGGCUAAACACACAGAGAGGCAGAUUAAGGAAGAGUUUGGGAAAAUGAAGGAGUUUCUGCUGAAGGAAGAACGGGCCAGGAUUGAUGCCCUGAGGAAUGAAGCACAACAGAAGAGCAACAUGAUGCAGCAGAGGAUUGAACCUUUGAGUGCAGAAAUGGCGGCUCUGUCAGACACAAUCCAAGCCACAGAGAAGGAGCUGAGAAGUGAAGAUGUCUUGUUCCUGCAGAACUACAAAGCUUCAGUCAGACGAGUCCAGGAGCUCCACCCCACUGUGGAUCCAGAACUGCCCCCUGGAACUCUGAUAGACGUGGCCAAACAUGUGGGCAACCUGAGCUUCAACAUCUGGAACAAGAUGAAGCAGAUCGUCUCCUACACGCCUGUGAUUCUGGAUCCAAACACUGCCUCUUCUGAACUUCUCCUGUCUGAUGAUCUGAGGAGCGUGAAAUUUGAAAAACUGGACAAUGUGACGGUGCUUCCCAAAAACCCAGAGAGGUUUCAAGGCUAUUCUGCAGUGUUGGGAUCUGAAGGGUUCACCUCAGGGACACACAGCUGGGAGGUUAAGAUUGAGGACAAUCUGGAAUGGUUUUUGGGAGUGAUGGAAAAGUCUACCCCAAGGAAGGGGGAGAUUAACUAUGGAUACUGGGAACUUUGGUUCAAGGAUGGUGUAUACAGAGCAUACUCUCCUCCAUCUAUUGACGGGGUUCUGUCUUUCAAGGAGCCUCUCCAGAGGAUCAGGGUGCAUCUGGACAUGAACAGGAAAAAACUGUCAUUCUCAGAUCCAGACACUGACACAAAUAUCUGCACUUUCACACCUGCUUUCAUUGAGAGGGUGUUUCCCUUGUUUAGCAUGGCACAUCUAAUGCAACUGAAAAUAUCCCCCAUGAAUAUUACUGCACAGGUGGAGAUGUAGAUGGUUAUAAAGAUGACAUGAGGCAAACCUGUUCAUAUUUCUAACUGAACCUCACAUCAUGCAAAUAAAAUACAAUGAAUGUUAAAUCAUUCUAGCUCCAAAUAAAGUAGACUUUACAAACAGCACUUUGCUGUUAAGUGCAACAGUUUAUCAGUACAAUCAGGUUUCAGUGUCAAAAAUGUAAACAUUCUAAUGCUUUUUCUGUUUAGUUAUGUUGCACUGCUAGAUUCACCAAAGCACCACCUUAUCUUCAUGGGGGCGGCCAUGGCUCAGAUGGUAGAGUUGGUCAUCCAAUAACUGAAAGGUUGGUGGUUCGAAUCCCACUCUGUCCAUGUGCUGUUGUGUCCUUGGGCAAGACACUUCAACCUCCUUGCCUCCAGUGCUGCUACUCACACUGGUGUAUGAAUGUUUGGUGGUGGUCGGAGGGGCUGUAGGUGCCAUGCUUCCAUCAGUCUGCCUAGCUGCAGGUGUAGUUGCAGGUGUAGGGGGAAUGUGAGAGCGAAUGAAUGAAUGAUCCUCUGUAUGUGCUUUGAGUAUGUGUUCAUAGAAAAGCACUGUAUAAAUCUAAUCCAUUAUUAUUAAUUUUAAGAACUUAAGAAUCUUUUAUUUGUCAAUAGGGUUCAUGUUACGGGUACCGCAGCAGCACCACAUAAACAGAUAAAUUCUAGAAAAAAGACUGGAUAAAAAAGAUGAGGCAGGGCAACAAAGAAAAGACAAUCAUCCAAAAUUAAACAACAUUUCAGGACACAAAUAAUACUUUUGUGGUCGUCACAUUCACACAUGUAGACGUGCACAUGCACCUCACACCGAAAUUGAUCUUCUGCAUUUGACCCAUCACUAGAUCAUGGAUCACACACUGCAGACUAGCAACAGUGGGCUCACCAUAUCAGGCACCCAAGGAGUAAAUGGGGGGUUAAGUGCUUUGCUCAAGAGCACAUCAGCUAAUAACUCUCUGCCAGUCAGGGGAAUUGAACUGGUGACCCUUCACUCACAAGCUGACUCUCCAGCCUUUUACCUGUAGUUUGAAAUCAGUCUUAUUAUUAGGAAAACAUACAGCACUACAAAAUAGAAAUUAUUGAUAAUUCAUCUCAAAUGCAUUAAUGCUAAAGUUGCGAACCUUAAUAAUGUAACGAGUAGAAAGUAAAGAUAUCUGUGCUGAAACCUGGGUAGUGAAAAAUAAAAAGUUCUCAGAAAAGUGAUGAAGUGAGGGGGUAAGAUACAGUCAAGAAAGUGGUGCAGUUGUUUAUUUAAAAGUCUAUAAUCUGCUUUUAUUAGGUGGUAAAACUAAUCACAUUACACUCAGUAAAUCUGAUUAUUGCAGGGAUGUAAGGAAUUGUGAAUUCAUCUACAUGUGCAAUGCAUAGUUUGUUGUGUUCUUCAUCUGAAGUUUAUUAAUGUAGUUGUGAUGGCAAAUCAUGGUGGAUUUUUGUACAUUUGAGACUUUAUUAUAUUUUAUUUUGUUUUGUAUUUUUUCUUUUGGGUCUUAAGUUGAAAAAAUUUGAGAAUUUUCUAAUGUUCAGUUGAAUUUUGCUUUAUACCCCUACACACUAAUGCAGAUAUUUUGUAAAACAGGUAUUUUUCUCUAUAUUUGGGCCUCUGAUCCACAAAUUUUAGGACACAAAAACAGAGAUUUUGAAGAAGUUUAGAUUAUUGUAAAUGUAUUUGUGUUUAUCUGAUGGGGCCUUCACACUGGCAGAGCUACGUGCUGGUCGUAGAAGACGAUAAUGUGGAAAAGUGGAGUAAUGUCCUCCUACUUUGGUUCCAAGGUUCUGAGACUCCAGAUCAAAGACAGAACCAGAACCAUGUCUGUCUGAAAGCGUUGUGUGUGGACAGGGAAAACAGAGAACUGAAAACAGCGUUCACAUCCCAUUUUGUGCAGGUUAUAUUUGUUAUGGUUUUGAGUAACGAAGCUGCAUCUGAAACAUCAAAUCCAAAUGUAUGAAUCAGUGUUUGACCUGCAGUUGAUCGAGAUCAUAAACAUUACAUGGCAAAAAUCCCAUAAUAUAAAGAAGACACAUUGACAUCCUGAACCAACACUUAAGUUUAUAUGUUACCUAGUUUUUGCUUCACCUUGUUACUGUUAUGUCCAGUUUUAUCCACAGUUUUAACAGAAAUAAUGUUUUUUCUGAGCAUUUGUACCAGUUUGUAGUCAUUUUUAUGUAUUCGAACAGACAUAAUAUGUAGCAACCAGGCCACAUGGACAGAAUUUGUAAAAAACUGAGGAAAAAAAAUAUCAAAAUUAGUGUGAACAGGGCACCAGCCUGCAUAAAACGUGGAUUUAGCGCUGCCCCAGAUCAGUAACUUUGUCAUUAUUAACUCUCUAUAGACCCAACAACACCUUUGUUUAUCAAUUAAUGUACUAAAAUGUUAGUGAUAAUGGUAUCAUUGACUCUGUUCUUCCUGUUCUGUAUUAUCUAUAUAUUAUAUAUACUUAGUUAUAGAUUAUAUUUUACAAACAUAUCUAAUGAAUGUGAUGUAUCUCACUGUGUGUUUUUGUCUCCUUGGUUCUUAACAGGGCUGAACUCUGGGUGGAUGUUGGACUGCUCUGUUUCUUCACUGUACUUUGUCGUUUUAUUACGGUUUCAGGGUUAUGUUUAAAAUAUUAAUGCCACGUCUGAUUUUUUUUUUUUUUUAUAGUAUGUACAGAGUGUGUGUACGUAUGUAUUCAUUUAAAUCAGACAAUUCAGAUGGGUCACAAGUUAAAGGAAAAAACCUGAUGGGAGAGGUCUCUUCUAGUCUAAGUUUAUGUAUGAAACAGCUGGCAGAAGGUGAAAUAAAUAAAUAAAUCAAUAAAAUAAAGAGAUGUAAAAGAUUAAGUAUAAGAUACAAUAAAUAAAAGUACAGACAAGUAUAAAUCAGAAUGGACCAACGUCUAAUUAAUACACUUUACGCUGUUUUUUCCUUUAAUUUGACACCUUUCUGCACAUACACUUAUAAUGACAAAUAAUGUAAGGAAUUUACUUCAAAAUUAUUAUUUUUGUCAAGAGAAUCAUGUCUAAAUAAACAAUUAAAAUCACAAUCAUAACAUCAGUGCAAUAUCCUGCAUGUCUCAUUUUAUUACAUUUAUUAAAACAAGCCUAUUGUUACAGAAAUGACUGCAUUGAGCAACUUUUAUUUGGUUUAGAUCAGCUUUAUUCUUGUCUGGUCACACAGAAAAAAAACUCCCUCGAAA